GGAGUCGCUACCAUCGCCCUCCUGUGUCAAUGUUGAUGUUGGAGUAGUAGCAAGCAGACGUUGUCGCAUCCCCGGAGAUAAUGCUAUUCAACCUUGGCCUGGCAGCGGAUGCGGCAGCAGCUCACGAACACGAAUCCCUCGGGUCUCCGUCCGAAACGCCGCUCGCUAGUGCGACGCGCCACUCCUCCCCAUCCAUCUCAUUUGCGACGCUGCCGUCCUGGGGGCUAGGGGGUAUCUACGAGCCAGCCUCUUCCAGUGAUGAGGAGCGCUCGACAGUGGGAUCAGUUCUAGCUCCAUCAAAGAUCGGCCGCUCGCAAUCUGUUCGGAAACAAUCGUCGCGGCCUAAAACGUCAUACCAGUUAGCGCAUCCCGCGGCCCACGCACGUCACAGGCGCCUCAAGCUUCGACCUAAGCUUCUCUUGCAGCUCCAGCAAGUGUCGCAGACCCCACGCCCCCUUCCGGUAUUGGAUGUGUUGCCGUCGACUGUGUUUCUGCCUAGAUUGGCCCGCAAGUUCCCGACCAUCUUUCGCGGCAAGAAGGGACUGGGCCCCAAUGACCUUGUCGUCGUCGCUAGCGACCUCUACGACAGUGCGCCAGGCAACACCGCCGACAGGUAUCCGGGUUCCGAUGAUGAGAGCGGGGAGCGCGAGGUUGUCGCAACGAUAUGUCAGCUUUUCAAGGACGAUGCCCUCUCGAAGGGGAAAGCCGAGAUCUGCCUAAACCAUGGGCCAGUAUGGGAGGCCACGCCCCUCGCCAAUGGCUGUUACGAGUUCGUGGCCAAUACCGAUCAUGGGGUCCAAGUCCUCCGGUGGGUUCUGAGAGGAGCAAAGACCCGUCGCGUGUCUGCGCCGCCGGGAAAUCCAAUGCAGGAGGAUACCAAGCGGUUCACAUUCAGCGUCAUCAACCCGAACACUCGUCGUCACCCUGUCAUCGCCACUAUGAGUCGCAACUACCUCGAGGUCUACGACGAGUAUUCGAUGCCGACGAAUUGUGGACUCGCACACUCACCCAACUCCGCCAUGUCCGUCAUCAGCGAUUCGUCAGAGAUAGAUGAUCUAUUCGACCGAAAGGUGAUGGUAACCGACAAGGACCUCCGCAUGUUGAUCGUCAUCACCAGCAUCUGGGUUGCGUUCCGGGAAGGCUGGUCGCACAACUUCGGAUACGAUGACACGGCCGCGGUGCUAAACACCAAGGCCCUGUGCUCGUCGAGACAAAGCUCCCCGACAGCGGGCAGGAACGAGACCGACAAAUUCCCGGAAAUGGAGGUUGGCCAACCGGCAGAUAUCCCUGCGCUAAACGGCCCCAGACGACACCGGCUCUCCAGCGCCACCUAUGUAUCCACACAAACCAUCAUUGCGGAUCGGCCAACAUCUUAUGGGAGUCUAUCCAAACGCUCCAAUUCCACCGGAGCGGCCUUCAUCGAGCGCACCAACCGACGAGCCUCCAGCUCCAACAAUCGACUCAACAGACACAGCGCCCUCGCCACGCCUCGCGAACGGAGCCAAGACGAGACCGAGACCACUCAGGCCACGCCCGCCCGGCAAGACUCCAAGAGCCGGCGGAUAUGGCCUCACAGUCGGAAAUCCGAAGACCUCAAGCGAAUCGUGCCCCCGGACCAGGAACCAGACCGGUCCCGGGGUUUGGACAACCCCCGUGCGUCGCGACCCGUCGAACCAUCCUCUCUCGAGAAAUCCCAACCAGAACCCGCCCCCACAAAAGGAAAGCGUCGUCACCGAAUCAGCAGUCUAUUCGACUUCAUCAUCCGUAAAAACGGACAUAGCCAUUGA